AAUGCUGAUAGAAAAGAACGAGUGCAUUGCUCCCAUGGUUUCCAGUCAUGUGAGCCCAUGGACAAAACCAACAGCUAUCGGAUCCCUCAGCCCACAUGUGACAGAGCUCCCAAGAAAACGAAAAGGAAGUGAUUCAGACCCAUCCCAAAAGGAAGAUGGUGAACAACACGUACAAAUGAAGUCCUUCAGAGAAGCUCAUAGUCAAACUGAAAAGCGGAGGAGAGAUAAAAUGAAUAACCUGAUUGAAGAACUGUCUGCAAUGAUCCCUCAGUGCAAUCCCGUGGCACGUAGACUGGACAAACUUACGGUUUUAAGAAUGGCUGUCCAACACGUGAGAUCUUUAAAAGGUAUGACUAACACUUAUGCAGGAGAUAAUUAUAGACCUUCAUUUAUUCAGGAUAAUGAGCUCAGACACUUAAUCCUUAAGACUGCAGAAGGCUUCCUAUUUGUGGUUGGAUGUGAAAGAGGAAAAAUUCUCUUCGUUUCAAAAUCAGUCUCCAAAACACUUAAUUAUGAUCAGGCUAGCUUGACUGGACAAAGCUUAUUUGACUUCUUACAUCCAAAAGAUGUUGCCAAAGUAAAGGAGCAACUUUCUUCUGAUAUUUCACCAAGGGAGAAGCUGAUCGAUGCCAAAACUGAUUUGCAAGUUCAUAGUAAUUUCCACAGUGGAAGGAGUCACGUGUAUUCUGGCUUGAGACGAUCCUUUUUUUGUCGGAUAAGGCGUUGUAAAAUCUCUGUCAAAGAAGAGCAUGAAUGCUUAUCCACCUCAAAGAAAAAAGAUCAUAGAAAAUUCUGUACUAUCCAUUGCACUGGUUACUUGAGAAGCUGGCCUCCAAAUAUUGUUGGAAUGGAAGAAGAAAAGGACAGUAAGAAAGACAGUAGUAAUUUUACCUGCCUUGUUGCCAUUGGAAGAUUACAUCCAUAUAUUGUACCACAGAACAGUGGAGAGAUUAAAGUGAAACCAACUGAAUUUAUAACCCGGUUUGCAAAGAAUGGGAAAUUUGUCUAUGUGGACCAAAGGGCAACAGCAAUUUUAGGAUACUUGCCUCAGGAACUUUUGGGAACUUCUUGUUAUGAAUAUUUUCAUCAGGAUGACCAUAGUAAUUUGACUGACAAGCACAAAGCAGUUCUACAGAGUAAAGAGAAAAUCUUUACAGAUUCAUACAAGUUCAGAAAGAAAGAUGGCUCUUUUGUAACUUUAAAAAGCCAGUGGUUUAGUUUCACAAAUCCUUGGACCAAAGAACUGGAAUAUAUUGUGUCUGUCAACAAUUUAGUUUUGGGACAUAGUGAGGUUAGAGAAGCAUCGUUACUUCCUUGCAGCUCUCAAUUAGCAGAAGAAUCCUCAAAACCAUCUUAUAUUAAUGUACCUGGAAUGUCUACUGGAAUAGUACUUGGCCCUGGUAGUAUUGGAACAGAUCUUGUAAAUGAAGUCCUGGACUUACAAAGGUUACAGGCUUCUUCCUCCCUUGAGGACUCAAGGCCAGCAGAUUUAAUGAAAGAUUCUCACACUAUAAACUGCAGGAAAGUAAGUACGAUGUCAAAUAAGGAGCCGAUUCCACGAAAUCCUUCUGAAAUAGGGGAGCCAGAGGCUCCAAGGCAAAACCACAGUGCUGUUCCUUCCCAUAGUCACGAGCCACUCCUUGGCCAAGGUGCCCAGCUGGAUUUUGAUGCCCUGUGUGACAAUGACGACACAGCCAUGGCUGCCUUCAUGAAUUACUUUGAAGCAGAAGGGGGCCUGGGAGACCCUGGGGACAUCAGUGAUAUCCACUGGACACUCUAGCAUUUGAUUUUCUAACUCUAAAAAUUAGGAAUGUGAUAAAGCAUUUCAUUUACAAAAAAAAACUGUACAAUCUUCUGCUCUGUAUUGAUACUGUUCUUAUCUUUUAUUCCUAUUAAUGGUCUACCAAUUUUUAUAGAUUUGCACCUUUCACAGCAGUAUGGGGGAAAUGUGAGGUUUCCCUUCACAAAGAAUGGCUCAGCAUUUCCUACAGACCCCUUGGCUCAGUGAAAUGGCUUAAAACCCACUAGUUGCUGUAUUUUUGCUAAAAUAUUUCUAACCAAGAAUAUCACAUA